AUGUCUUUUAGAGUUAGAAAAUAUGAUUCCGGUUGUGAAAAGCAUAAGAAGAAGAAAAGACUAGCUCUUGCUGCUCAGGCUCAGAAGGGUGCACUUGAGAGAUUUGUUGUUACAGAAAAUCAAACUAGUACAGAAAAUCAAACUCAGGAAGACAAUGAUGGGAAUCGUGGUGGUAACACAAACAAUGUUGAGGCUCACACUCUUGAACUUGGUUCACCUGUAAUUGAUCCUAACAAUGUUGAGGCUCACACUCCUGAAAAUCAAACUCAGGAAAAUGCCAAUGUUGGCGAUGCUACCCUUGAUAGAUCACCUAAUAUUGAAAGUGAAAAUGAUUUGAGGGUUCCUUUUCAGCCUAAUAUAUUUGAUCCAAGAUAUUGGGAUGGAUUUGAUCAAAAAAUGAUUGAUACUUUGAUCCAGAAAGGUCCUAAAAGGGAGUUGUCUAUUCAAAAAGGUCCAAAUGACAGAUUAUUCAGAAGGUUUUCUACAUCACUAUAUACUAGAGUUCUAUCAAAUGGAGAAAAGAGUGAUAGAGAAUGGCUGGUAUAUUCCAAAGAGUUUGACAGAGUAUUUUGUUUUUGCUACAAAUUAUUGAGAAAGGGGCAUUUAAGAAGUCAGCUGGCAAAUGAGGGUUUCAAUGAUUGGUCACAUGUUAACAUCAGACUUAAAGAACAUGAAACUAGUGCAGACCAUAUUACAAGUAUGGCAUCUUGGUACAACAUGCGUCUCAGGUUUAAUGAAAAUUAG